AUGGGAACAUUAACAGCGGGGAUCUUAUCUUUGGAAUUCAGAGCUGUUCUGACCGAGCCAUUCCGAAUAAUUCAGGUGCGGCCCAAAGGAAAGUUGUUGUGGAUCAACAAAGACUUGGACGACCUCUUGAGCCACAGUCCAGUCUCCUCCGUUGUCUACUUUAGCCAAUCGAAGAUUAGAGAUGUGGAGGCGGAUGUUCCCAGUUUUUUAACUGAUAUACCCCGUCUCCUGGACGUUUAUCUGAUCAACUGCAACCGUCCGAUCAACAAGAUUGAUUGUGAUAACUAUGACUUCAAGGUGCCCGGAGUUCGCUUUUUUCCCAGCGAGUAUAAACGCAUACAACAGAGGGAAAAAGGAAAGGAAGAAAUUCUCAAAGUAAUUGAAAACAGGAAUAAAUCUCCCCCUUAUAAAUUGCGGAAUUUUAUUUUGAACGCCCUGGUGUCGGUUGAACUAAAGACACCCGGCUCUCCAAACUUCAAACCCAUUCUCAGCACGGAUACGGUGGCAUCGCUCUUUAGGAAGACAGCUUGCAAGUGCAUCUCCUAUAUAGUUCUGGCCGAUCAAUCCGAGAGGGGAUCCACAGUGGGCCGAGACACAGUGCUGGCCCUCUUGAAAAGGGAAAAAAUAUUGGUUCGCAUUGUGGACAAUGUCACAUUCUUUGGAAAUUUCGGUCUUAAGUUCUUGAGAAAGGAUCAUAAACUGGCCAUUAUCCCUCGGUUCCGCAGGCCCAUUAAACUGUAUCCAAAGAGCGCCAGUGGAAGAUCUUUUGCAAUGGCUGUUAUUACAUUUUUGAAUGAAUUCGCUUAA